AAUCGAUCACCUGAGUGUGCGCAAAUUGGUUUGAAAUUUAGCGAAACUGAGAACGCAGCUCCGCAAAUUAUUUACAAAACAAUGGCGUUAGUAGAGGUAUGAAGUGUAGAUAAACAAUCGAUAGUACGAAAAAUAAAUCCGAUAGUGACUGAAAAAUUAUGCCAUCGAUUGUUUUGCAGCAUUAUCAUACAUAAUGCAGCGUAUGAAGAUUGUACUACACAAUAUAAAAACGGUUACCGAUACCAUCACAACAGCAAAUGCGAUCGUUAACGAAAGAUACACCAACUUAAAACUCAAUAAAAUUUAUGCAGCUUAACAAAAAUCUCACAUAUAUGUGCCAAAGAAACCCUAACUUGGGCGUACAAAUCGCAUUCAAUCAACAGAGCACAGCAGCAGAUGGCAGAAACACCAGCAAUAACAAACAAUACUUCAACAUGCAGAUCAUCAAUUCGUCCACCGGAAACGUAUUCAACGGCUUGAGCUGCGUCGAAUCAAAAAAAACAAUGGAUACUACUGAAACUAAGUACUUAGACUCCAAUUCCAUAAAAAGUAUGUCACCGCCACCGAACGACUCUACAUUCAAUUCAACAGUUGAAGAGACAAUUCUGGUUUCAACGAACGCAACUCCUCUGCGGCAAAUAAUUACACCAAGUGCGCUACCAGCCACUUCGUCCAUUAUGUCACCAUCAUACACGUCGAAUUUUCAAGACGUUCGAAGCGAGAACGUAGUCUUAAUACCAACUCCCAAUUCACUGGAACAGUACCGCUUACAACUCUACAACUAUGCGUUAAGCAUAGACCGUUUACGCUGUCCACAAUAUACUGCGGCUACUACUAUGGCCGCCGCGGCUUAUGCUAGCGGUGCUGGCGCUGGUGUGCAUUUAUUGUUGAAUCGUGAGAACAAUCACACCUUUGGGUCUAUAGAAGUCGAAACGGAGAGCAACUAUCCAAACAGCAUGGGUAGCGUAAGAAGUGGCGGCGGUUCCUAUGCACCAACUGCCAUAGCGCACGGCAACCGCUUGGCACUCUCUAUGUCACUUUUUCCACAACGCAUUUUUCAUCCGGAGGAACCGAAGCCGCAGUACAGCUACAUUGGUCUAAUUGCCAUGGCAAUACUCAGUUCAGCUGAAACGAAACUUGUUCUCUCCGACAUAUACCAGUACAUUUUAGAUCAUUAUCCGUACUUUCGGGCGCGUGGGCCGGGAUGGCGAAACUCUAUACGACACAAUCUGUCGUUGAAUGACUGUUUCAUCAAGUCUGGACGAAGUGCCAACGGCAAGGGUCAUUACUGGGCCAUACAUCCCGCCAACAUUGAUGACUUUCGCAAAGGCGACUUCCGACGACGCAAAGCACAGCGCAAGGUACGCAAACACAUGGGCUUAUCUUUGGAUGAUGCGGGCACGGACUCGCCUAGUCCACCACCACUUGACCUCACCUCACCACCACUCACUUCGGCGCAUGUAUUGCGUUUAGCACCGGCAGGUAAUAAUCUAACAACAGGUGGGCAUGAGUUUUUGAUGGCGCCAGGUGCGCAUGCCUUCGGAUGUUUGCAACAGAAGAAUUAUCCGAUACUACAGGUGCCUACAUCGUUGGUUUCGUUACAAUCACAACAACAAAUUCAAGACCGCUACUUCGGCGCUGCGAUUACGGAGCAGUAUACGUGCAUACCGUCAGCCGCUUACAACAAUCGGCUCUCAACCAGAAUGCAGCAGCAACACCAACAUCAGCAGCAUCAACAAGAACACUUUAGGGAUAGCAACGAUUGUCAAUCUUUCAGCCAAGCGCAUGACCACGAUUUGCGAGGACAAAAGCACGCCUCAGCAGCUACAGCAAUAGCGUCGAGCUCCACAACCACUGCAAUAGCAAGCUUGUACUCGCAAACGCGUAAGCGGCAGUUCGAUGUGGCAUCUCUUUUGGCACCUGACCGCAAGGAUUUUGCGCAUGAAAUAUUGGAUACAGAUCAACAGACAGUCGCUUCCGUUGAAGAAGCCGAAACGCUUCAACAUGCGUUUGUGAAAAAAUUCAACCACGAAAACGCAAAAGAGUAUAACCGGCGGCAGCAACACGAUGAGCCAGUAAGCGUACAAUUCCAACACCCUUCUCACUCACUCUCGAAUCGGCAAGCAUUCCCUACGCCAGCCGAUUCCCAGCCUCAAAAAUUAUUGGCCUUUGAUGAACAAGAACAAGAUGAAAUCGAUGUGGUGGCAAAUGAUAUUGAAGAGCAUAGCAAGCAGGCAAUCUCUGUGCGGUCAGAAAACGACGAUGAGGAUCCCUACGAUGCGGUGGAAGACGAGGAGCAGACGUUUAUUGCCGACGGCAAAGACGAUAGCAGUUCUGGUGGAGCAAAUAUAUAUGUUGACGGGGAAAGUGAAUGUAUAAUCGACGCCAGCUUGCAUAAGAGGCACAAGCUUACGCAGCAGGAAUCGCCGCUACCAGGAGCCGUCAUCGAGUGGCAUAUGCUACGCCCACAUCCGACCACCGAGUGCAAGAAUGCGCACCAGCCUCCUGUUUCGUCGGCCAACGCCAUGAGACAAAAAGAUCAUAUCUCUGCAGUAUCUACCACCACGCUCACACCGACCACAGCAGCUGGACAUAAAGCCUUCGCUGUUGCAACUUCAACCGGUUGCAAUGGCACAGGUUUCGCCAAUAGUAACUUAAACCAAGUGGAAGUGUACCCCAAUGAGCAGAACGCAGUAAUGGCAUCGAACACUGUCAUUCAUCACAAGCAACAUAUGAGGCGUCUAAUGCAACAUUUACACCAGCAUCAUGAAGCGCUCGAAGAAUUAGACGACGAAACAGCUCAGGCAUUUGGUCGUUAUUACGGCACUUACGUAGCGGCGGCAGCGGCACGACGCAUAGGCAGCAUGCAACUGACACAGAUCCAGCGCCCACUUCCCGCCGUCAAGCAAUCACAGCAACAGAAGCAACAAGAGGCUACACAACAAGACGCCAAAUUGCGGCAUUAGCGGCAAACAGAAUUAUGAAUGUAGUCGCUCGCGAAGUCAACAAAACUGUAAUAUAUGUAGUAAACGU